UCCAACUACACAGAAAGCAUCAAAGAAGCGAAGAAAAAUGCUCUUGACAACUCCAGAAGAAUCUCGGCCUCGCCAGAAACCUUGAUAAGCACUCGAAGGCCACCUCCAUCUCCUCCCUCCCCACCCAGAAACACUUCCACCUCAGACACUCACUAACUCACAGCAUUCACUCCUCUCUGGCAGGCUCCAGAAGACCACAAAUUACGGUAAGUCCCAAACCCCUCCCCCUCUUACUGACAAAACACAGAAGGUCUUCAGCAAAUAUGUCUAUGGAGUAUUUGUACAAGCCCAUGUCAUGGAGUGAAUUGCUUUGUCAGUGCCUGCCUGUCCGCAACAACAAGCCUUCUGUCGAGCCAGAUAUUGAGAUGCAAAACUUCUACUCUCGCAGAUUCCCCUUCAACUCCACUCACCUCGGUCAAACCCCUGCUAACCCCGUCGUCCCUGAUCCCGUUGCUCGCGCCAAUCGCCCCGACAAUACUCGCAGAAGACCUUACGACUCGCGGUGGACGAGAGAUGACAGUGAUCAGUGCCCUUCUGCUGCUCCGAGCAGAAGCGGUGCAAGAAACCCUGUUGCUCGUCAUCUCUCCCGUAGCCCUGGACCGGUUGGUAUGCGCACCCCUCCCCGUUGUGCAAACCCUUAUUUGCCUCCUCCUCGUUAUCCUCCAAACCUUCGUAUCGCAGCCAACACACCCGAUAUGUUUGUUCACGACUCCAACUCUUCUCCUGGUGCUCCUGAAGCUCGUACCCCUGACUGGGAAGACUUCACCAGAGUCUCUUGGACCGAUCCUGCUAGAGCUAGAGUUAGCCCUCCUGCUUCUCCGACUUCGGUUCAUAGGAUGAGUGGUGCUUUGCCUGGUUCUCCUACCUCUGACUACUCCUCAUCUAGCCCUAUCUGGGAGCUCCCUAAUCCCUCUUCAAUCUUCUCCUCUGACGCUGGUGUACGCACUCCUGAUGUCAGAGCUGACAAUGCUGCUCGUAUCGCUGCUGUUCGUGUCCCCAGAAUUAGUCCUAGAGCUGCUUCUUAUGCUGGCAUCUUGGACAUUCAAGCCAGCAUUGAUGCUAGACGUUCGAGAGUUGGUUCCGCGACAAAUGCUGAAGCUGCUCUUCCAGCCCCUCCUUCGCCCACGGGCUCUGUGGACUCCGUUGAUUUCUUCUCUGGUGCUGCUGGAAGACCUGAUUUUGGUGAGAGGGUUGAGAGGAGUGGUGGCAGACAGGCUCCGGUCAGACCUGCUAGGUACGCUGGUACUAGCCCUUAUGUUGCUUAAGUGAAUUUACUUUGCUGAUGAAUUGAGGUGAGUCGCUACAGUUGAUGUGACAGAUUGAUACACACAUAGCUUUUGAUUAAGGUGG